AUGGUUAAGGAGAUGAGGAAAGGGCUUGAUGAUACAUUCAACAUCAAUGUUAGUCAUUUAAAAUGUAAGAGGGCCAAGAGGAUGAUUUUGGAGAGUCUUGAUGGUAGUUUUUUUUUUUAUGAGUAUAACAAACUAGAGGCAUAUGCAAAUGAAUUAAGGCUAAGCAAUCCAGGAAGUGAUGUGGUCAUUAACAUAUCAAAUGAUGCAGUUGAGGAAGGGAAAAUAAGGUUCUCAAGGAUGUAUGUUUGUUUUGAUGCUUUGAAGAAGGGUUUUAAGAGUGGAUUGAGACCCUUUAUUGGCCUGGAUGGAACAUUCUUAAAAGGAAAAGUCAAAGGUCAGCUCUUAGUUGCUGCUGCUCUAGAUACAACAAGACAUUUUUAUCCCAUAGCUUGGGCUAUUGUGGAUAAAGAAACAAAGGUCACCUGGAGCUGGUUCUUGACAUUGCUAGAAAAGUCUUUAGACCUCAAGAAAGGUGAAGGUAUCACAUUCAUGUCAGACAUGCAGAAGAGGCUAAUUGGUGCAAGAGAUGAGGUCUUUGGGGAGUUGAAGAACCACCUUUGGUGGUGUUCAUGGUGUACUUACAAAGAAGAGGUUCAAGACCAUUUGAGUAUGAUGGGGAAGGAAAAUAAAGAAGCUGGUGAGGACUUGUUGAAUAGGUACCCAGCUGAGUCAUGGUGCAGGGCAUACUUUGACUCAGUGUGCAAGAAUUGGCAAGUGGAGAACAAUCUUGUAGAGUCAUUCAAUAACUGGGUGAUGAAUGCUAGGUUCAAGCCCAUUAUAAAGAUGUUGGAGGAGAAAGAGUUAAGGGAUGAUGCAUAUGAGGUGUCUCAUAGUGUUGAUAGGCAUAGGGUGAACAUAGAACUGAAAAGAUGCAUUUGCAGGACAUGGGACCUCACUGGGAUCCCAUGCCCUCAUGCUAUAAGGUCCCUACUGUACAGGAAGAUAAACCCUUUGACUCAUAUUCACUGUGGCAAGGCAGCACCCAUCAACAAUGCUUUUACUGCUGAACCAAACUUUGAUUUUCCAUCAAGUGAUGAAGCAGAUCCACCUCUAAUGCUAAUGAGUAUUUUAAAGGCCAAGACUAGAUUCCUAAGGCAGAUGCAUAUUGGAGAAGCAACUGGAACAAGGUGUAUUGGUUUUAUUGGUGAUGCUAGUGGUAUUAGUAAGCCAACAAACCUUCCAUUCUAA